GCAUGGAAGCCGCGAUGAAGCGAUUAUUUUGACUUUGAAAUCGGAUUUUCGCCAUUCGAGGAAGAUGAAUAUGUUUGUGUGGUGAAGUAUGCAGCGGCUCGCAUACGAUGUGGUGGUGGUGGGCGGUGGAAUCAUCAGCACAGCCACCGCCAGAGAACUGUUGCUGAGGAAUCCCGGUCUGAAAUUCGCGCUCGUCGAAAAGGAAAAAGCCAUUGCUAUGCACCAGAGUGGGCACAACAGUGGGGUGGUGCACUCUGGCCUCUACUACACCCCAGGCUCCCUGAAGGCCAAACUCUGUGUGGAGGGCCUAGACCUGGCCUACCAGUACUGCACCAACAAAAACAUCCCCUACAAGAAGUGCGGGAAGAUUCAGCUCAUACAUCUGACUCCAUGA